GCAGUUUUUGUAUUUGUUGUGUCAAUUAGAAGAUUUUCGUCAAAUCAGUUUCCGCAAGGGAAAACUUAUUAAUCUCAGAUUGUUCUUACACCUCCACACUCGUUGGAAAAUGCAAAUUUGAAGCCGCUGUGUUGUUUUCUUUCUAUCGGCCUCACAUUGUUUUUGUAACUGCCCUUUCGUUUGUGUGUUUGAGUCGAUUUUCAGCAAGCGAGAGGCGAUCACUAACAGUCAGCGCCUCCAUGCCUCUGGAUUUUCCUCCGUAUUACGGUAAGUCGCGCUAGUUUUAGCAAGAUUAAAUAACAAAAAUUCAGAAACAACAAGCAGCUUGUGGCAAAAUCAAAUCUGAUUUACCACAACAUUCAACGACCAAACAGAUUGAGUUUUUUAAGCGACUGACCGUCAAUUUUGCACUUUUUAAAGCAUCAGGGUACGUCUAGUUUCAAAACAUUUUAAAUUCUAGGCCAAAAACACCUUUAUACUUGAACUGCAGUCCAGCUUUCGGUUAAUUUUGGGCAACUGAUCGUAACGUUCUAUCAAACCUAUUUUUCUAAAUCCGGUCAUUCCUUUGCGAUCGUCGAACUUGUCAUAGCUGUCAAAGGUAUUGGAAAUCUACAACUUCGCUCAGUACUCAGGGAUCUCUAAAACAUGUUAUUUUUUUAUCUAUUUAAAUUUUGAUUUUUUCGUUUAGUGGUUGUGAUUUCUAGGCUUUAGCAAGGAGUCAACUUGGCUUUUUUUCGCCAAAAAUUGUUUAUUUUCCCUUAAUGAACGAUUGUUUUAUUUUCGCCCUGUUUAUGUGUUUUUAGUUUCUCAGGCGGUUUUAUGUUCCGUCAUAUAUCUCUGUUCCUAUCAGUGUUUUUAGCUGAUAUCUAACAAUUAUCGCUAAUACAGUAUAUUUUUCUGCAUCAAGUACGAUAAGUUUCUAAGAACGUCAUACCGAGAUAAGGCAAAUGCUCAAAAAUGUCCUAAUUCAUAAGUUGAUAUAAAUGUUUUAUUCUUCUUCCUAAAAAAAUGAAAUAAUAUUUUGAUUAAAAUCAAAUGAUAUACUUUAUUUUGCUGCCUUAAGGCAAAGCAGUAUGUGAGCCACAAUUUUCUUUUUUUAUUAUUUCAUAGCCGACGGGAUUAUGUGGGUGGGAGAAAUCGUAAUGACGUUGAUAAUGGUGUAUUUUCCAAUUCCUCCUAUUGGCGAGGGCAUCUAUUUGCGUCACAAUACACCAAGUCAAUGAAAUCAGGGUAGAUUUAAGGGAACAAAAAGAUAUAUUCGACAAUUUUACUAUCGAUAACCAGUUGAUUUUUUUGCUGAUGACUUACUGUGGUAAACUACACGAUGUAAUAGUCCAGGAAAGGUUAUUUUUUUUAUUUCAUGUCAGUUUGUUGACAUUGUUUGACACGUAAGAGGUUUCUUUUGAGUCAACAUGAGGGAAAAUGAAUUUAAGUGAAACAAAAGCCGUCUAUAACUGCCCAAUGAUUGUCGCCUAAUGUUUGUUGUAGUAGUGUAUGUUGUAAUAGUUACUGUAAAUUACAUAGUUACCGAGUUACAAUUUGGAACAAUCCAAUUUCACUCUGUCGAGUCGCACAUUCAAUCAUGGUGACAGCGGGAGUCUGUCAAGACGAAAACACCAUGUAAUUAUUUCAUUUUUAAAAGUGAAACCCCUUCGACUCUUAUCCUUGGAUGCUUUUGUUUAUUUUAUUUAUUUUACAAAGCAAAUUUCACAAUGAUUUUUCUUAAACUUUCUUUUUCCUGCUGUUAGCAAAUUUUCACUACCAUUUUCACUUUAAGGGUUUAACACAGCGUUUGAAAGUUCCACUCAGCACUGCUCAGUAAAGCCUAAAAAAAUAUUAUUGUAGGAAAAUGUUAAAAUACGUCGAUAGGCCAAACUCGCAAAAUUGACUAAAGAUUUUAUCAACGAAAAGCCUUGAAAAAGCAGUUUGUAGGUAAAUGUCAGAGAGCAAAAGCAUCGUUUUCAGCCUUUUUGAUCGACAACUGAAUUUUAUGGACUUUUAUUUUUGUUGAUAUUUUCAGCCUCGACAUCCUUAUACAAAUGGCUCUUAUAUAUAUUUAAAAAAAUUCACAUUUCCUGUAUGUGACGUUAGGUUAUUUCAAAGUGAAUUUUCUUAAUUCAUUGGUGACCAGAUUGGCGACACUUAUAAUAUCUGAGUUUAAUUCAUAGUACCUUUUCCAUCCCUGCUGAGCGCGUAAAGAUAGCACAGCUUUGAAGUGACAUGUUGCAAUAACAUCAUUAAAAGCAGACUGUUCUUUACUUUGGUAGCUGGAGUGGCGGGAGAAGACAUGUUGGACGAAUUUCUGGUCGGUAAACGAGAGCUAGAUCACGGUCAAAGUGCAACUAUGGAUGUGCGAAGGUUUGUGAAGACAAAAGAGGAAUUGGAAUUAAGUUUAGAAAGGUUAUCUGAUUCUAAUUCGGAUUGAUGGUAUUGGGACUGAAAAAUGACCGAUUAAUUGCUCCAGGAUCAAAAUAUUUAUUUGAAUAUCUUACCAUUUGACAAAUUGACUUAUAUAUCUGCGGAUUGCUUUAUUUAUUGGUCAUUUGCUGGGUAAGCUGAAGCUUUUAUGGUUUGUUUAUUGCUCACCGGACGUGAAUAUAGUUUUAAAUUGGUAUAAAUUUGUAACUUUGUCAAAGUAAUGUGUAUUAACAAUGACAGUUACUCAAAGAAGAUAAUUAACUUUGCAUUAACGAAUAUCUGAAGUCGGUUUGAAUCAGUUUUACUUUGUCAAUCUUAUGCUAUUUAUGCGAAUGUGCAUCAAAUGUAGAAUAUUGCAACUUUCACGGUGGUUAACUUCUCUUCCUUAAAUUAUUUUAGAUUUCUCAACGUAAAAUAUCACCAAGCCUCGAUUGGAAAACUUAAAAAAGCCGCCUUAGCUUGCACGAUAGCUAUCUUGCUCAUUAUUGUUGUAAUGUUCACUGUCGGCUCCCCGUCAACCCGUCAACUUCCGGUGAAAACACUUCAAGAGCCAACAGCUGCUGGGAAGACUGGUACCGAGAUAAAGCAAAGACCCUCUUUCGUGCUGGCCACAAAUCCCGACAUACCGUUCGAGCUAACUCUCGCCUGUAAUUCAUGCGCAUUGGUGAGCUCUUCUGGAAUGCUGCUGGGAAACAACGCGGGCGCACAGAUUGAUUCUGCAGAUUGUGUUUUCCGAUUAAACUCGGCACCGACGCUUGGUUUUGAAGAAGAUGUCGGAAGUAAAACAACGGUUCGGGUGUUUUCAGUAUCUGGGUUAAAGUCUUUGAUCAGAGAUACCUGGCAGAAAAGUGUGGAUACUUUUCAAGGCUUGGAUUAUAUGAUUCUGCUGGGACCAGAUGAACUUCUGUGUAGGAACUGUACACUUUCUAAAUUGUACCAGAAAUUAGCGCAUUAUCUUGAAAACACUGAGUUGCUACAGGUCACGAAGGAGACUUAUCAAAAGGCCAAACAAGAAACUAAGAAUCUUGGCCUAAAGUAUGCAAGGUAACCUUUUAUUUGUUAACUGUUGAAGCAAGAUGUUAUGAUCCAACAUGUUUGGCAAAAAAAAUCAUACACAUUUAUUAUGCAGUCGAACCUCUCCACAAAGACCACCUUGGGGUCAGAAGAAAGAAGCCGUUGUAGAGAGGUUUCCAUUAGUGGCGGUUCGACUGUAUUUUGCUACGCCUUUUUUUUCUUUGCCGAAAGAACAGUUUGCUGUUCUUUCGUCAGUUUUGUCUUUUUCAGUAAUCCAGAUCUUUUUUAACGAUCCGAAUACUGAACUUGCGGGGUUUAUAGCCGUGUUUUUGGCUUUCAAAUGUUAUUCUUUCUUUUUUUCUUUGUAAGCUAAUAACCAAGCACAUCGCUUUCGCACUCAUCGCGUAUUUUCCAUUAUGCCAGACCAUCUAGUCAGUGACUAGGAUUGGCCAAGGUAAAAUGGACGACGUUUUUUAAUUCAACAAAAUUUGCAGAACUGAAGCGUUCAUUUACGUUGUAACCUCAAUUUUAGGUACUUCUCCGCAGUGAAGUGGCACUGGAAACCAGAAUUUUGAAAACUGAACUGAAAGUUUCGGUCGAAGAGCGGCCGGCGGGAAUAUUCCUACAAACAACAGAGCAUUCGACAAAAAUUCCUAAAAUUUUGGGAUAAUGGAAGCCAUUAUACCUGCGAUACUUGAAUGAAAACUACUCUUAAAUAAGAACCAAUUAAAACUAAUUACUUAACCUUUUAGCUUAGAGCUCUUCCCUUAAUUUUUCUGGGAAAAGCUCUGGGAAUGAGUUUGGUAAGAACUUUGACUGGACUCAGCAAGCAGCUAGUAGAUAUGUCUCGACGGAAGGUGAACAUAAGGUACUUUUGGUCCUGUGAUACGGAUUAACACAAUUGUCUGACAAUCAGCCUCCGCCUCACUCGCUUCGUCUUUCCCAUGGUUUCGCAUCGAGGCGAUCGCGAAAGCAAUUGACUGUUGACGAAGCGCAAGGGACCAUAGGAAGAGAGCGCAAAUUUUCAUCAAGAGAGAGACGUCUGGGUACGAGGCAGGCCCAACAAUGAAAGCUCUUUAUCUGUUCAUUGAUAUGGUAUAGUAGUUCUUGCUAUAUUUUACCCUCCAAAUGAAGUUAAAUUUUUCUGUCUGAAAUAUUUUCCUGUUAUUUCUUCCUCAGCCUAGACCUACCUAUCUCCACAAGAUUUUAUGCUUUGAGUUUGGCUCGACAUGUUUGUCCUCAAAUCAGGGUGUUUGGAAUGGAGCUCGAGAAUCCUUGUGAACGGUUUGUAAAAUAUCUUAUCAUAUGUAAAAACAUACUCAGUGAAGAACCAUGUCAGAAAGUUUCUUGCGCAAAUGGGUUUCCUCAAUCAGAGGUGUGAGAAAAAUUGUUCAUCCAGUCAGAAUCCGUCUUUACACCGCACCAUCAAAAAAACGCUUCUGUCAAAAACAUAAUUUAAGAGCCUGGCCCCAGUCGUUCAAACUUUGAAUAGAGCUAUCCACCAGAUAAAUCAGAUAUCGUUAUCGUAAAUAGCGUUAUCCACGUUUUGAACAACUGGUAGCAGCUUUCUUUUACGACUUUGCUCCUGUAACACUGCCGUCAUAUAUAUUGCUUUUAGAUUGCGAUCCGUACCCAUGUUCUACUGGGAUCCAGAAUCCUGGCAGAGUAAAUGCCUGACACAGGAGAAACGAAUAAAGCAGCGGAUGUUUCAAGGAGCACAGAGACUUUUAAUGGAGAGAGAAAUUUUCAAUUCGUGGGGUGAUAAGUAUCACAUCGAGUUCUUUUACCCUUCUCAGAAGAAAGUAACAUGAAUAUUAUCUACUUGGACAACAAGUUUCAGCGUUUUAGAUAUUAUUUUUGGGAAAAUGGGAAAGAAGAUGAAAGAGUCUGUGCCUCUAACACUAUGGUCAUCUUCGCAGCCACUGUUUCUGUUGUCACGCAAACCUUGUCCGUUACAAAAAUGUAACACAAGACGUCACACAAUGUGUCACACAACACGUGACACGAUGUUUGUUCGGUUAUGAUGAUCAAGAAUUUUAUGCCCAGCGCCGGACGCAAAAGUAUACAUUCCUAGCUACAGUAUGCUGAGUGUUAAGUUGGCCAUCCAAAGUUUUUUUAAAGAAGUUUAAAAACUUUUUUAACAUAAUGCUUGAGUAAGAUCAAGUGGGAUCGAUUUUGCCGUACUAACAAGUACUUGCUAUACUUAUUCAGUACGCAUCAGGUGAUAAAUUAUGUAUUUUAUUUAUCAGAUUACUUUUUGCUUAAAAAUUAUAAUUUAACUUAAGAAAAAAAUGAAAAUGUAAACUGAAUCCAU